AUGUCUCUCUUGUGCUCCUUAUCUAAUGAGGUGCCUGAGCACCCAGUUGUUAGUCCACGAUCUGGUUACAUUUUUGAAAGACGUUUAAUUGAAAAGUAUCUUGCCGAAAAUGGAACUGACCCCAUUGAUCAGCAACCUUUGGCAGUGGAAGAGUUGAUUGAUGUGAAAACGUCAGCUUUCGUCCGUCCGAAACCUCCGUCUGCUACAUCGAUUCCUGCUAUUUUAAAAUCGCUUCAGGAUGAGUGGGAUGCAGUUAUGUUGCAGUCAUUCACACUGCGACAGCAGUUACAGACGGCAAGACAAGAGUUAUCGCAUGCUCUCUACCAGCAUGAUGCUGCCUGUCGUGUUAUUGCUAGGUUAACGAAGGAAGUUACAGCUGCACGUGAAGCUUUAGCCACAUUGAAGCCACAGGCUGGAAUAAUACAACCAGCUCAAGCUAACAUCCAGAAUACCACUACUCACCAAGCUCCAGCUGUCUCAGCUUCCGCGGCCCCUCAGCAUCCAGAGACUCCAGCAGAAAACGCAGUUACGGCAGAUUCGAAUCAACUACAAGAAGAAAUUGGUAUAAGUGAAGAGGUGAUAAGCACUCUACAAGAACGAGCUAGUCAACUUACUGCGGAACGAAAACGUCGUGGAAAAACAGUCCCAGAAGGUUUAGCCAAAUCUCGUUCUAUUUCUGAAUACCAACAGCUGGCGAAUCAUGUUGGUUUGCAUUCUGCCAGUAUGCCUGGUAUCAAUUGUUUGGACAUAAGUAAGACGUCCACUGAGAGAAUUGUAACAGGUGGUAAUGACAAAAAUGCGGUAGUAUUCGAUCUUUCCACGGCACAAGUCAUAUCUAUUCUCAAGGGACAUAGUAAAAAAGUUACAAAAGUUGUAUAUCAUCCUUCUGAACAAUUAGUGUUCACAGGUUCUCCAGAUACAACUGUACGAGUCUGGGGAGUAGAACAAGGUCAGUGUGCGAGUAUUAUUCGCGCCCACAAAGGACCUGUAACUGGGCUAAGUAUUCAUGCAACUGGAGAUUACCUGUUGUCCUGCAGCUCAGAUGGUCAGUGGGCCUUUAGCGAUUUACGACACGGAUCCGUUCUGGUUCGAAUUUCAGCUGCAGAUAAAUCUGGCAGUACACAAGCCCUCACCUGUGCACAGUUUCAUCCAGAUGGUCUCAUUCUUGGUACGGGUACCGCUGAUGGUGAGGUGAAAAUAUGGGAUGUUAAAGAAAGACGAAACGUUGCUAAUUUUGCUCAUGGCUCUGGUGCUAAUCAGCCCGUAACAGCUGUGGCUUUUUCAGAGAAUGGAUACUACCUGGCAACAAGUGGGGCAGAUAAUCAAGUAAAACUUUGGGACUUACGAAAAUUAAAGAACUUCAAAACCUUGACUCCUGCAGAGGAUCAGUCAUCUUCGUACGAAAUAAAUGAUGUAGAAUUCGACCAGUCUGGUUCAUAUCUUGCUAUUGCUGGUGCUGAUGUACGCGUGUAUUUAUGUAAACAGUGGGACCAGCUGAUUUCCUUCAACGCUCAUACUGCCCCUGCAACUGGUGUUCGUUUUGGUGAGAACGCAACUACAAUUAUUUCAACUAGUCGUGAUCGUUCAGUGAAAGUCUUCGGCACAUAG